AUGCUUGUGAUCAAAGUCGCUCUUGCACUGUUCACGUUCGUUGUGCUGGGAUGUCAACCGGGUAAAAAAUUACCACACCAAUUGCUAGAAAAUUCUACAAGCAACGACAGCGAGUCGAACGUUUCCUCAAAGCCACAAGAGCUCGUUACGGUUGUUAAGGAAAGGCUACUUCUGGACAUUCCGAGAAAGGAUAAAAAGCAAACGGGCAUUUCUAGAAUAUUCGGCAAGCAACUGACGUCGAACACUACGCUGCACAGGAGGAACAGCCCGUUUGAAGUUCUGUACAACUUAGUGAUUCCGAGUUCGCUGAGGCUGACCAUCGAACAAGGUGUCGUGCUUCGGUUUAAAGCGAACGCUAGUAUCACCGUUAGAGGUGUACUGAUCGCCAAUGGCACCAAGCAACGCCCGAUACAAAUGAUCGCCGAUGAUGCAGCAAAAAGAUGGAAAGGACUGUUCUUUAACUCAGUCGGCAACACGUUUGACGUCCGCCUGGACAAAUCCCUGUACUACGAUCAGGGCUUUCUCCAGAUAUACGAUGGCGUCGAAUGGAGAUACGCUUGUGGACGAUAUUGGAUUGAGGCGAAUUCCCGAGUCGCCUGCCGACAGAUGGGAUUUGAACAUGGUGAAACCGAUGGAGAGGUUCAUAUCGACAGAUUUUCGGACUUUCACCAAGACUUUAGCAAUUCGUCGAUGAACUGUACAGGAAAAGAAGACCAUCUUAAACACUGCGAAGUUGGUCCCAUGAUUUGCUCUGUUGACCAGUGUCAAAGUGUGAUUCGUCUAAAAUGCUCAAAGUUGCGCGGGAUUUAUACAGAAACUUCUGUAUUAAAUUUCGUCAACGUGUCAUCCAGUGAAUACGGUGUGGUCGUGCGAGGACUGAUGCCGAAGAUGCAAAACGUCUACUCGGUCAAUAGUCGGUAUAAUGGCUUCACGUUUGAUCUUCACUACAUCCCGACGGCAGGCAGCGUGCAAAUCUUCGACAGUAUGGCGGUGAACAGCGGCUUGAAUGGUUUUUCGGUAAAGCUGUCAUUUCCGGUCUAUGAAAAGUCUCUGGGCUUCGUUUUGGACAAGGUCACAUCUAUCCGUUCAGGCAAGACUGGCAUCGCCAUCGCAGGCCGCGGCACCGCCAACUCUCGCUAUGCCAUGAAAAUCGUUCACACUGACUGUCAGGAGUUCUUUGAGGUCGGCCUGCAAAAUUGCAACAUCACUCAGCAGUGGAGAGACGCAGCGCUGUUGGUAGACAGCAUAUGUCGAACGGUGCUUUAUUUUGACAACAACUCCUUCUGGGAAAACUACAACGGCGCCAUAGGCUUCGGCAGGAUAUCGAAAUGCCAGAUAUCGGUUACAAAUAACCUGUUCUACAAAAAUAAGGGCAACGUGAUCAGGUUCCACCAGCUUCUUAGCAAAAACAACAUCAUCUUCGAAGGCAACCGAUUCGAUCUCAACUACCUCAACGCUCUGACACCGCCACAAGCCGCGCUGCAUAUCGUCUAUCGAGGCAAUGCGCAGGACCUGUCCAAUCUGGCGGUGAUCAACAAUUCAUUUCGCAAAAAUACACUGACCAACAUAAUAUCGCUGAAACUGAUUGACGGUGCUCAGGUGACCUCCAAAACGGGACUCACCUUUCAGUUCCACAGGAACAGCCUCACCGAAAACCUGAGUCCCGUCGUGAUGUUCGUCGACGUUCCGACCGCUGCCAUUUCUUGGAACGUUUUCGCCAAUCCGUUCAGCGACUAUGAAUUAAUGAGUGGCGUGGCGAAGACAAAGUCUGAUCUUCAGGCAGCAUACAAUUACUGGGGGACAGGUGAUGAGAUUCGCGCACAGGAGCGCCUGUACGACCGCCGAAUGAAUUCUUCUCUGAUGGCAAUCAACAUCAUGCCGAUGAUAAAAGACGAGCAGCAACUGAAAGAUAUUAAAAGAGCAAAUCGCAGCCGUUUCGUACUCGAUUUCUUCGAUGGUGUAUUUGAAAACGGUUCGUUCGAAGUCCCAGAGAGAACGCAGCCAUUUCUGAUUAGAAAUUCAAUAACAAUUGGCCCCGGUGCCGUGGUGACCAUUAGUCCUGGAAAUGUGCUCGAGUUUCUGCCGCACACCAGCUUUCUGAUACACGGAACACUCACAGCCAAAGGGCGACCGGAAAAGCCGAUCAUAUUUCGUUCAGCUUCAAAUCGACCUUGGUUGGGAAUUAUUUUCGAGGAGGAAGGUAAGUUGAGUUUUUAA